GUGGGAUUUUAUUUCAGUGUCAAAAACUGAUCAACUGAACGACGGACGAAAAAGUGUUUCAAAACUUACCGAAUUUUUCUUGUGAACGAAAUCCUUCACCAUCGUGUCCACACAGCGUUCCCGUUCCUCAUGACUCUACUUAUCAGAACAUUUUGGAGGACACGAUGUUUCAGUCCAUCCGUAAUAAGCGCAGUCGGAAGAGGAGGAGGAUCGUUACCAUUGUCAUGGGUUAAAAAUCGAACAUUUGCAACCACACCGAUUUCCGUAAUGACUGGAAAGAAAUAUACCCCACGGCGCGCAGUGAUGUACGUUCCAGGCAAUGAUGUCCGCAAAAUAGCAAAGAUUCCUACGUUGAGGGCAGACUGUAUCGUGCUUGAUUGUGAGGAUGGAGUCGCCAUUAGUAAAAAGGUCGACGCUCGAAAAAAUAUUCGUCAGAUUCUCGACAACAAGUCAAUUCCCUUGGAAGGAUCCACAACAGAACUAACCGUAAGGGUAAAUUCGGUACAAAGUGGUCUCUGUCAAGAAGACUUGGAAUGUAUCCUACCAACUGAGAAUCUUCCGAGUGGGAUUCAUCUUCCCAAAGUGGAUUCGGUCGACGAACUCAAAUGGUUUUUGGAAACUUCUGGGAAAAUAUUGAAAUCCUCCGGACGUAACCAGAAUGCUACGAAAAUUAAUCUCAUUAUAUUCAUCGAAUCUGCCCAAGCCAUUCUUAAUCUGCCCAAGAUAUGUCAGUUUGCAUGGGAUAAUGUGGACAAGUCUUACUUUAUUCCGGACGCAUUAGUGUUUGGGUCGGAUGAUUAUUGUGCAGAUAUCGGCGCAAUCAGAUCAAAGGAAGGUCAUGAACUAUUAUACGCUCGCCAAUAUUUGGUCAUGGUGGCCAAAGCGUUUAAACUCCAAGCUAUUGAUAUCGUGUACAUAGAUUACAAAGAUAUUGACGGACUUCGCCUCCAAUCCAUAUCAGGAUUCCACAUGGGAUUCACUGGAAAGCAGAUAAUCCACCCCGGCCAAGUCCUUCCAUGUCAAGAAGCAUUCACUCCCCCUCCCGAAAAAAUUGAAUGGGCACGAGAAUUGAUCACUGAGUUUGAAGCACACUCGAAAGGGGGAAAGGGAGCAUUUUCCUUCCGUGGAAAUAUGAUUGACAUGCCUUUAGUGUUACAGGCUAAAAAUAUUGUGGAAUUGGCCCAAAAAAUUAACAAGUAGGCAAUGGACGAAUAGUAUGUAAAGAAAGAGUCAAAUUAAAGCAAUUUAUUUUUUUGUGAGAGUUAGUUUGUACAUAUGUAUAUCCAAAUAAAAUAUGUAGUUCAUUUCAAAUUUUGUGACCUACAAACAAA